GACUGCUGGUAGAGGAGGGUACAGUUUUAGUUUCUUCAGUCAUACCAUGUUAUUUGACAGUGCUACUCAAAUGAUCAGCACCCAUCAUGUCCUUAAGAAGGCUCAUUCAGCAAAACCAUAAUGCCAAUUUUGCAGGCUUCUGUGUUAGUCCUUAUACUCCUUACUUGGAAACUAUGUGCAGUCCGCAGAUGGAUAAUAAACAAUUUCAGAACCUGGCAAAUGCAGUGGGGACCUUACCCAGAGGACGCAGGCAGUUUGCUUUAAGAAGAUCAAGUUCCUUAGACUCUUCAGGGCCUCAAAGACAACUCCUUGCUAUUAUCAAAGAAGAUAAUGAAACAUUUGGGUUUGAAAUUCAGACUUGUAGAUUACCCAGCCAGAAUGAUUACUCCCCAGAGACACGUACUUAUGUCUGCAGAAUACAAGAGAAAAGCCCUGCCCAUCUCUCUGGCCUACAAACUGGUGAUAUUCUUGCCAAUAUCAAUGGAGUGAACAUCGAGGGGUUUAAUCACAAGCAAAUAGUGGACUUGAUAAAAUCUUCAGGCAAUUAUUUAAGAAUAGAGACUGUUAAUGGAGCUAUGAUUUUUAGGAGAAUGGAACUUGACAACAAGCUUCAAUCAUUGAAGCAAACCUUGCGGGAAAAACUGGUGGAGUUCCGGUCUCUGCAGUUACAGGAACAACGCCUACUGCAUGGAGAGGUGAAUGACAACACUUCGUUUGAUGCCAUGGAAACAGAAGAGUUUAAUUUAUUUGGGAGCUGCACUGCACCCAGACCUACGUUCCCAAUUAAGUCCCGAUUCUCCAGUGAAAGCAGCUCGAAAAGCAGAUUGAGUUCAAUGACAGUGGACAGUGAGGAUGGCUUCUACCAGACCUGUAUUUCUGAGGAUUCUGCUAAUGAGACUCUGAGCCGACAGUCAAGCCUAGAUGAUGAUUGCUUCUUCCAAAGGGACAAUGACGCUGUUGUGGGGAGAUCUUCACUGAGGAGGAACAGAAGCAUCAGUGUUGCCAGCAAUGGGUCAAUGUCACCUCAGUGGGAGGGAGGGAGCUUCCCAAAUAUUUUUGGCACACUCCCACGGAAAAGUAGGAAAGGAAGUAUCCGAAAGCAAAUUUUUAAAUUUAUUCCUGGCCUUCACCGAGCAGUGGAGGAGGAAGAAAGUCGUGUCUGACAUUUUAUGUAACUUCAUCUGUGUACAGGACUGUGCUAAUAUGUGUAGACAGGAAAUGCAGCAGUAAAGCAAUAUGGUAUCUAGGACACAGACUGUAGAAUCUCAUAUGAAGGAUGGAAAGGAACAUUUCUAACAAAGAUACUGCAUUGUUUUCCCUGAUAGGAUUUCAGGACAGGACUGACAUUAUUUAAAAUUCUAGAGUACUUUUCAUUAUUCCUGAACACAGCACAUUGUGGGGCCUAGUUUAGUUAUAAUGAACAGGUUUCCAGUGACUAACUUUGAUGUUUGAAAACAUUUGUAGAGCGUUCUCAGCAAACUUUGUGAUACCCACCUUUUCUAUUGUAUGCAAACUAUUUAUUUCCUGUUAUCAAGUCAAGAGUUAUUCUUCACGUGUCUUUAUUAUAGGGCCCAACCCUCAUAAAAUUUUUGACAAAAACCUUAUUGUGAGCAGGAUGAGUCCAGACUAUAUAAAUGAACACAAGAACAAAGCUGUGAAGUACAGUACUUGUAAAGCUCAAGGAUGUACUUGUAAGUUGCUCAGCAUGUUGAACAGUACCUGCCAUGCUACAUCCAGUUUUGGGCCUCACACUUUAAGAACCAUGUGGACAGUUUGAAAAGAGUCCAAUGGAGAGCAACACAAAUGAUUAGGGGUUGGGAAGCAAGACUCAUAAGGAAAGGUUGAAAGAACUAGGGUUGUUAGCCUGGAGAAGAGAAGAUUGAGGGGGGUUUGGUUCAAAGACUCAAAGGGU